AUUAAAAAUAACUUUACUAUAGCAUCUUAUUAAAUAAUUUUCCGUAGUGUGGUAGCGCUGGGAGGAGAGAAGCUUAGUUUAUUCUAGAGACAACUUCACGAAUAUACCUUACUUCGUACUUCUAUAAUUCUAACCCAGCAAAAAGUUGCUAUAAUUUAAAAUAUAAAUUUAAAUAAAAAAUUAUCCUAUAUUUUAUAGAACUAUUUUGUAAAGUUAAAAAAUUGAAAUUCAAUUUUCAUUAUUUUAAAUCAAUCACAUCUUACAUGUUUAUAUCACUAAGUAAUAUAUCAGUACUUCACAUCACAAUUUAUGAAAUCAUUUUGUUUUCGAAAAUAUUAAAUAUUUACGCUAAAAAGUUAUUUUGCAAUUUCUAUUAAGUACACUCACAAGAUGGGCGACUUUGGCUAUAAUCCUGCUCACAUAUAUUAUUACAAUCAUCACGGUUUUUUGGUUGAAUUUUACGAUAAUGAUUCUGAAGAAGAUUAUUAUGACUCAGAAGAAGAAGUCUAUUUCGAUCAGCUGGAUGAUGCUGCUGAGCCAAAUGGAAUAAUAAUUGAAGAUAUUUUUGAUCAACCAGAUUACGAUGAAGAUGUUUAUGAUCAACCAUAUUACGUUGAAGAUGUUUACGAUCAACUUCCUGUUGAAGAAAAUGGUGGAAGUGAUUAUGAAGAUAGUUAUGAUACCCAAGAUGAUGUGGAGAAUGUCGAUCUUCCAAACGAUUAUGUUGAAGACUUAAGUUACCAUGAUGCUAAUGAUGUUCCGGAAUAUUAUGAUGAUUAUAUUUCUGAUAAUGAAGCUGAUUAUUGGGAGAAUUACCAAAAUGAUUACGAAAGCUCAAGUUAUUAUGUCGAUUCUGAUGAUUACUUCAGUGAUUAGGACCAAAGAUGCGCCCUGGAUGUUUGGUUUUUUCUGAAGUUCGUUUUUCUUCGUUCAAAUGUAUAUACCUAAUGUUAAGUAUCAUUUUUUUGAAUAUCCCGUUAUAUUUAAUUAAUAUU